ACUAUAUCUUUCCCCUCUUUAGCCCUUUUCAUUCAUUGCCUACACUCACUUUCACCAUGCGCUCCCUUAUCCUCAUCGCCGCUCUCGCCCUUGCCUCUGUGAACGCAGCUACUACCACUGCUGAAACAACCACCACCACCACGGCCGCAGCCACUCACACCACCACCACUAAAGCUCCCGUCACCACCACCACCACUCCUGCUGCUGUCACUACCACAAAAGCUCCUGCUACCACUUCAGCUGCUGCUACUGCUGCACCAACCUACGUUCCUACUGGCACUUUCGUCUGGAAGCAAACCUACCCUGCUCCUGGCUCUGUGCCCGUUCCUAAGCCUGAAUGGGUUGCUGCUUUGGAUACUUCCAAGAUUGCUGCUGCUCCUGUUAUUGCCCUUACAAAUGGAUCUCCCGUCAACCCCACCCCUGGAUCUGAUCCGUACUGCGACUGGACCUUCGGUGGCUGCACUCGUGCUGAUGAUAUCUACCAGUGCAAGAAGGGUGACUGGGGUCUUACCUAUGACGACGGUCCCACUGGCUUCAGCCCUACGCUUUAUGACUACUUGGAUAGCAUUAACCAAAAGGCCACCCUUUUCGUCAUUGGUGGACAAGUUUUGCAAUUCCCUGAAUUGGUCCAGCGCGCAUACAAGGCUGGUCACGAAAUCGCUAUCCACGGCUUCUCUCACUCCUACUUGACCUCCCAGACCACCGAGCAAAUCGUUGGUGAGCUCAGAUGGACUGAAGAAGCUAUUAAGGAAGUCAUUGGUGUUUCUCCCAAGCUCUUCCGUCCUCCUUAUGGUGAUAUCGAUAACCGUGUCCGUGACAUUGCCCUUCAGUUGGGUUACACUCCCGUCAUCUGGAACCACGAUACUGACGAUUGGAAGAUCAGCGAAGCUGCCGGCUUCGAUCCCACCUGGAUUGACGGAAACGCUACUGCUUGGGCUGCUGAGGCUGCUACUGCCGCUGUCGGUGGUCUUUCCCUUGAACACGAUUUGUACCAGGGAACUGUCGAUGCUGCCAUUCGCAUCUUGCCUGUCCUCAAGAAGGCUUAUAACGUUAUUCCCGUCGGUACUUGCGCCGGUCUUGCCAGCGUCUACAAGGAGGGUGUUACCACCGCUAAUGCCACCACCGCCAACACCACCGCUGCUGCCUCUGGCUCAUCUGGUGCAUCUGCAUCAGGCGUCAACGCUGCCGCUUCUGGAGCUGCUACCACCAAAGCUACUUCUGGUGCUUCCAUGGCUACCGCUAGUGUUGUGACUGCCGCCGCCGCCGCUGCUGCCGCUUUCAUGCUCCUCUAAAGCCGCCGUCGUUUCGCUGCUUCUUAUCUAACCACCACAUCUCCUCUAGUACACAUACCCACACUGUACACUUAAAAUAAAUUUUUUACAAUAGGCAUGUUUCUGUCAUACAGAAUAACAUCUUUCCUGUUUUCCUUGUAUUUUUGUCACACUGCCUAGUCAAUACUAUUUUUAAUAAUGAGAUUUGUUCUAUGUUUAAA